CCAGAUCUGACAGCCACCCACAUCAGCUGGCAGCCCUCGCUGAACGCGCGAGCGCACCGCACCGACAGGUACGCCAACACCGAGCUGACCGUGCGGCGGGGACAAGGCUUCACCAUCACCCUCUACUUCAACAGGCCAAAGCAGGCUGGGGAGAGCCUAGCAUUUAUCACUGAAAUAGGACCAGCCCCCUCAGAAUCACAUCGUACAAAGGCUGUGUUUAACCUCUCUGAGGUGGGGGCCAGUGGCUGGAGUGCUGUGCAAGUACCCAGUGAGGCUGGCUCCAUGAACUUUACAAUCUCCAGCCCAGCCAAUGCUGUCAUUGGACGAUACAAUCUCACCCUCCAGGUAACCUCAGGGAACAAGAUCUUCACCAGAUUCCUGGGGCAGUUUGUGUUACUCUUCAACCCCUGGUGCCCAGGUGAUGAUGUCUACGUGGCUAAUGAAAAUGAGAGACAAGAGUAUGUUCUGAAUGAAAAUGGAAUCAUCUUUGUGGGCAAUGCAAGGUACAUUGAGGCAAGAGGAUGGUACUACGGGCAGUUUCAAGACCACCUGCUGAACAUCUGUCUCACCAUGCUUGACCUGAGCCUGUACUACCGUCAGAGCCCAGCCAUCGACGUGUCCCGCAGAGGGGAUCCCAAAUACGUGGGGAGAGUAAUCAGCUCCAUGAUCAAUGGAAACGACAACGACAAUGGAGUUCUCCUGGGAAAGUGGCAAGGAAGCUUCCAUUCCCAUGAGAACCCCUCCAGAUGGGAUGGCAGUGUGGUAAUCCUCCAGAAGUGGCGGCAGGACAACUACAGACCUGUGCAGUAUGGCCAGUGCUGGGUUUUUGCAGGCGUGAUGUGUACAGUUCUGAGGUGCUUGGGGAUUCCAACUCGUUUGGUUUCAAAUUUUAACUCUGCCCAUGAUGUGGAUAGAAACCUGAGCAUUGAUAAGUACUAUGACAGCUCUGGAAAGAGUCUCAACAUCGGAAAGGAUUCCACAUGGGAUUACCAUGUCUGGAAUGAGAGCUGGUUCCUUCGCCCAGACCUGGGAGCAGCAUACAAUGGGUGGCAGGUUUUAGAUGCCACCCCACAAGAGCAAAGCAAAGGAUUGUUUCAGUGUGGCCCUGCAUCUGUUGUAGCCAUCAAAGAAGGUGAUGUAGACUUGGACUACGACACCUUGUUUGUGUAUACAGAGGUGAAUGCUGACUGCAACAGGUGGAUCGUGUACAAUGAUGGAACUAAGAAAAGAGUUUACUGUGAUACUGAAAUCAUUGGCAGAUCUAUCAGCACCAAAGCUAUAGGCAGCAAUUCCCGUGUGGAUAUCACCUAUAAUUACAAAUAUCCAGAAGGUUCUGCUGAGGAAAGACAAGUUUAUAAGAAAGCCUUGGCCAAGAUAUUUGGAUCCAGCUUCACAGAAGGACGCACAGAAUCUCCAUCAGAGAGAAUCAGAAACCCUGGGAUCGCAGGGAAAUUCAAGCUGGCUGAACCCCCACUCUUUGGCAAAGAUAUUAACCUGAUCUUAAUUCUCAACAACCUCUCUUCUGACCACAAGACUGUGAAGGUGGACAUGAGUGCAUCAACCAUCCUGUACACAAGGAGAACAGUGGCAGAGAUCCUGAAGGCAACCACUUCUGUGGAUCUUGGCUCUAAACAAGGGAAAAACAUCCGGGUAAAGAUCCCUUAUUCCUACUACGGGAAGUACCUGACCACUGACAAAAGGAUCCAAGUGACUGCUCUGUGUGAAGUCAUGCACAUGAAUGGGGCAAAGCUGCUGGUAGAGAAGACAAUCAUUUUAGAGGACACAAACAUUAUCAUUAAGAUCCCCCGGCGGAUUGUCGUCAACAAAGCUGCUACUCUGGAGAUCUCCUACGCCAACCCCCUCCCUGAGCCGGUGGACCGCUGCGUGCUGCUGGUGACUCUGAUGAACCAACAGGUCAAGAUACGCCUGGCACCACUGGCAGCGAGGGAGAGAUCCAAAAUUUAUUUUGAAUUCACACCUCGCAGGACUGGGCCUCUGCAGCUGCAAGUAGACUUCUCUUGUGACAAAUUUGCACACGUGAAGGGAUUUGUAACCAUUGCAGUAGCACCUGCAUAA